AUGGUUCAUCUCACUGCUGUCAAGACCGACGACCAGAUCACAAAGCGGAAGGUGGAUUCCAUCCCCGCUCUUGUUGAUACUGAUUCCACCAAUGUCUAUGGCUCCCACUUUGCUGUCGACCACAUGGACCAACAUGAGAUGCCUGAAAAUGAGAUGCCACGAGAGAUUGCUGCUCGCUUGAUUCGAGAUGAGCUAAGCCUCGACGGCAACCCCAAACUGAAUUUGGCUAGUUUCGUCACUACCUACAUGGAGAAGGAAGUUGAGGAGAUCAUGACUGAAUCCUUUAGCAAGAACUUCAUCGACUAUGAAGAGUACCCCCAUUCUGCCGAGAUUCAGAACCGUUGCGUGAACAUGAUUGCUCGUCUUUUCAACUGCCCAACUGAAGAAGGUUCUGACGGUGCCGUGGGUACCUCCACCAUUGGUUCCAGUGAGGCUAUCAUGCUCGGUGUCCUCGCCAUGAAGAAGCGCUGGCAAAACAAGCGCAAGGCCGAGGGUAAGGACUACUUCCAUCCCAACAUUGUCAUGAACAGUGCUGUCCAGGUCUGCUGGGAGAAGGCCGCUCGCUACUUUGAUGUCGAGGAGCGAUACGUCUACUGUACCGAUAAGCGCUUCGUCAUCGACCCUAAGGAUGCUGUCGACCUUGUUGAUGAAAACACAAUUGGUAUCUGUGCUAUCUUGGGUACUACAUACACUGGCGAGUACGAGGAUGUCAAGGCCAUCAACGAUCUCCUUGUUGAGCGAAAGAUUGACUGCCCUAUCCACGUCGACGCUGCUUCAGGAGGCUUCGUCGUACCCUUCACUCAGCCCGAUCUCGAGUGGGAUUUCCGCCUCGAAAAAGUCAUUUCGAUCAACGUCUCCGGUCACAAAUACGGUCUUGUCUACCCCGGAGUCGGCUGGGUGCUGUGGAGAAGCCCUGAGUACUUGCCUAAGGAGCUGGUGUUCAACAUUAACUACCUUGGAGCUGACCAAGCCAGUUUCACCCUGAACUUCUCCAAGGGUGCUUCCCACGUCAUUGGUCAAUACUACCAGUUGAUUAGACUCGGGAAGCGUGGAUUCAAGAGCAUCAUGACCAAUCUCACUCGCGUCUCUGAUUAUUUGAGCUCCCAGCUUGAAGAGAGGGGCAUGGUUAUCUUGAGCGAGACCAAGGGCAAGGGAUUGCCUCUCGUCGCAUUCUGCCUGCCCGAUAACAAGGAUCGCGUUUACGAUGAGUUCGCCCUGGCCCACCAGCUCCGUGAGCGUGGCUGGGUUGUUCCUGCCUACACCAUGGCACCUCACAGCGAGAAACUUAAGCUCUUGCGUAUUGUAGUCCGGGCUGACUUCAGCAUGAGCCGAGCCGAUCAGCUGUUGGCCGAUUUCAACCUUGCUCUGCAGACUCUUGACGAGAUGGACCAGGUCAUGGUUGCCAAGUACAAGACACACAUGGCUAAUCAUCGCAGUCACCCUCGUCACCAAAAUACCCAUCACGCCUACAAGAAGGACGAUCACUCAUUGCAGGGCAAGACUGGCAAGUCCCAUGGCGUGUGCUAG